GUUACUAAGAAUCUCACAUUUUGUCGUUAAUGGCUCUUGGAGCCCCUGUCCCACUCUUUGAAUAGUUAUGCUGAUUGGAUUAAGACUUGCAACACUUGCUACCUGGGGUGGGUUUCUAUACCUGGAUACUUAAUUUGCAGCCUUUGUUUGAGGUCGUCAGCCAGUUUGCCUGGACAGUGUGUGUGUUGGCUGACAGUGGAAGGAUACGACAGAAGCGUGCAUGGAUCAUUGAUUCUUUUACUAUUGAGGAAGAAAGCCCUGGUCCAUUUCCAUAUAAAAUAGGCCAGGUAAAGAAGUACUGACAGUACUGGCAUUUGAUGAAGAUGAUUCAAGUACAAACAAUGGAACAUUUGAUUUCACAAUCAAAUCUGUCACACCAAAAACAGAUAAUGCUGAAUUCUAUAUUAAGCAGCAAAAAGAAUCGGGACAGUUUAUUUUAGGGGGUGUUUGGACUAUGAGCUCAGAAAUAUACAAUUUUGGUUGAAGCAAAGGACAAAGGGGAAAAAAUACAGCUCUCAAGUACAAGUACACUGGUAAUCAAUAUUUCGGACAAUAACAACAAUCUUCCAGAGUUCUCCGGCAAAACAGGACCUGGGAAGGUCAAGGAGCGAGAAACUGGGGUUGAAGUUCUGCGACUGCAAGUAACAGACAAAGACAUCCGUGGUUCAAAAGCCUGGAAAGCCAAAUACACUAUCUACGGAGAUAAAAAAGAGCAGUUCAAAAUUGAAACAGACCCUGUUACAAAUGAAGGGAUUUUAACAGUUGUUAAGCAACUGGACUACGAGGAGCAAACAUACCAAAAUCUAUCCAUCAGUGUGCAGAACGAAAUUCCUUACUUCUCAUGUAAGGUCAAAAAUCAAGUACAGGAUGCCUUGUGGGAGCUCGACAAAAUGCCCAAAAACUCUGGCAUGAGUGAUGCAAACCUCUAUAAUACAAUUUCAGUGACCAUUUAUGUUGAAGAUGUCAAUGACCCUCCAGUAUUUAUACCUCCUGUUAAAAAUGUUUCUGUAAUGGAGAACAUAAAUGUAGGAACAAGUCUAACAACCUUCACUGCUAAAGACAUGGAUGGAAGCUAUAGAAACACAUUUAAAUUUGUUAAAGGUGAAGAUAUUGCUGGAUGGAUAACUGUUGAUGCAAAGACUGGACAAGUAUCCACGAAUAAAAUUCUGGACAGAGAGUCACCAUUUGUGAUAAACAGCACCUAUAGAGCAACCUUAUAUGCUGUGGAUGAUGGUUUCCCACCGCUGACAGGAACUGGAACUCUAUUUAUUCACCUGUAUGAUCAAAAUGAUAACACACCAAUGCUGGAAGUGAACACAGUCAACAUGUGCCUGGAUACAGAGCCAACAAUGGCCAGCAUCACUGCUGUAGACCUAGACCUUCCUCCAUACAGUUCACCUUUCUACUAUGAGCUUUUAGGAAAUGUUAAGGACAAAUGGAGGGUUGAACCAGUCUAUGGCACAACAGUGAGUCUUAUAAAAGAACACAGUGUGUAUUCAGGUCAUCACCAGCUCCAGAUCAAAAUAUCAGACCAGCAGGGAUUUUACUCCAUCCAUAACCUGUCGGUCACAGUGUGCGACUGCUCUAUAGCUCCCAACUGCCAUGUCAAGAUGGCUCGGAUGACUCAGAUGGGACCUGUUGCAGCCUGGAUGGUUGUACUUGCAGUUCUGAUCUUUAUAGCAAUUUGCUUAAUGGCCCUUCUGAUCUCCUGCAAGGCAGAGAAAAAAAUGAUUGAAAUAGAUGAGGGCUUUGGUCAUCUCAUAAACACAAAUACAGAAACUCCAGGAACAGACUGCAUGGUUCCUUCCAGUAUAGGCAUUUACAAAACAGAUCCUUUAAAUGUAAAAGCCAGCAUAAAUGUGUCUACAAAUAUAAAAUCAAGCCAGAAGGUCACGUCACAAACCAAUAUCCAGGUGAUGCGGGCAGUUUCACAGACUUCACAGCCAGCCUACGACGGCCAGAUGUUCAAACGCUCAAUAUACAGGAGUUCCACAAGAGAGAGAAACAGAGAAAAUUUCCAACAGCGAUCGAGUAACAGAUCAAGUUUUAGAAGUACCUUUUCUUACAAGGCCAAUGCGCCUUACCCGAGAGACAAGAUUGCUGAUCUCAUCAACAAGAAAUUACUUGCUCUCCAAACCCAGGAGUUUGUUGUUUAUGAGCCACACUGUUACGCAGAUGAAGGACAAGAUACAGCUAAUGCCGAACUGGAUGCAAUCUCUAUUUCAGAGAAUGAUUUUCAUCCAGAGAUGCUUAGAAAUCUGGACAACAGGUUCAGCCAACUAGCAAUCAUUUCCAGACCUGACCUGAUGAGAAUGUGACAGUUAUCACAAGAAGUGUAGCAGAUUUAUUGAGAACAAGAUACUGAAUGAAAAUUUGAAAUCCAAAAUACUGAAAGAUCAGGGAUGCUGCAUCAAAAAUUCAGGAAAAAUUGAAUGAGGGUCUUCAAAGGUUUUUCUACUGUUUAAUAGUGUUAAAGCAGCUCAGGUGUUUGGUUUUGGGUCAGUGUAAAUAAUUUCAUUGUGAUUCUCUGCGCACGUCAUGUUUUCUGUCGGCUGCAGGAGAAAAUUCAGAAAGAAAAUAAAUGUUAUUUUCCGUAAUAUUAUGAUGAUGUCAUCACUGUUUUUGAAUGUUGUACAUGAAUUUUUAACACCUUAAUCUUAAAUUUUAUAGUAUUAAUUUGAAUGUCGUCUGUAUACAUUAAAAGGGCUUAAUUAACUGCAGACAUUUAAUAUAAAAAUAAAGGUAACAAUUUAGUAUAGGGAACACAUAUAAACUAUUAACUACAACUUUUCCCUUAAUAAACUCCUAAUUUACUGCUUAUUAAUAGUUAGUAAGAUAGUUGUUAAGUUUAGGUAUUUGGCAGGAUUAAGAAUGUAGAAUAAGGUCAUGCAGAAUAAGGCAUUAAUAUGUGCUUAGGUCUACUAAUAAAUAGCCAAUAUUCUAGUAAUAUGCAUGCUAAUAAGCAACUAAAAGACCCUAAAAUAAAGUGUUACCAAAAUAAAAAAUCUCAGUAAUGCUUUUAUUUGAUAAAAUCCUCUAAGAAUACAUGGGCGGAUGGUGAUAAUGCAGUUUUUGUUGCUGAUAAGCAUGUUUGAAGAGAGUAUCUACUGUGACUGUGUUAUGCCAAAACCUGUGACAUAUCUGGGUUUGUUGUUCCCUUGGGUGCAACAUUAGGUGUUUUUUGAGCUAUUACUGUAAAAAUGUUUAACUGUGACUUUUUUUUUUUUUUUUGUAUUAUUUGUACAUAUGGGAGUUGAUAAAUCCUUAAUAAAACUCAGUAUUUAAUAUACUGAAAGCAAAACA